UUCUCUCUCUCUCUCUCUCUCUCUCUCUCUCUCUCUCUCUCUCUCUCUCUCUCUCUCUCUCUCUCUGUGCACGCGCGGACGCCAUGGACAAACCUCCGGCGGGAGCAGCAGCCAACAAGGCUGGCAAUCCUCCGGCGGCAGCAGCAGCCAACAAGGUUCGCAAUCCUCCGGCGGCAGCAGCGGCCAACAACUUUGCCAAUCCUCCGGUGGCUUCGCUGCAGGUGGUGGUGAUAGCUCCUGCAGCGAAUGUGGUCGUCAAUCCUGCAGCGAAUGUGGUCGUCAAUCCUGCAGCGAAUGUGGUCGUCAAUCCACCAGCAGAGGCGGCGUCAGAGCGUGGAGCUGCGGUAAUUAAUGAAGUUCUGUGGCUGAUUGUUUCCCUCUUCAUUUUGGUGAUCGGCGUGGUUCUGCUGCUGAACUGGUGCCUCUAAAAGUAGAGAAACUAUGUCACGUCUGGGGACGAAACGUACUGUAGACUGAGGAGUGCGCCACCCGACCGAUGAGGACGACGGUAAAUAAAGUGGCGCAGGCAUGGGUUAAGUUAAAGCUAUCGUGCGUCGCGUACUAGCGCGCGCGCGCGCGCGUGUGUGGAGCUUAUAAGCUUUGUGCUGUAAAACUGAAACAAUCUACUACGUCUGAAGAAUAAAGUAAACUGAACUCUCCUCCUACUCC